AUGGAUCAUUCGGAUGAUGAGAUAAUGUAUAUCGACUCGGAAGAGGAGAAUCUUCUCAGCAAUGAUGAAGAAAGAGAAUCUGAUGAUAACUACGACGGAUUAGCUGAUCAGGAAGAUCACAUGAAACGAUCUCAGAAAAGUUACUGGACUGGUUACAUCACUACAAAAAUCGAAGACGGUUCGGGAUGUUUGAGAGUUGCAUGUCCCGAGCCUUCUUGUUCCGCUGCUGUUGGUCAAGAUCUGAUCGAUAAGAUCGCUAAGAAAGAACAUAAGGAGAAGUAUUAUACGUAUUUUCUUAGGUCUUAUGUCGAAGAAGGGAAGAAGUUUAAAUGGUGUCCAUCACCAGGAUGCGAAUACGCGGUUGAUUUUGGUGGAAGUAGUAGUACUACUAGUAAUUACGAUGUUUCUUGUUUGUGUUCGUUUAAGUUUUGCUGGGAUUGCUGUGAAGACGCUCACAGUCCUGUGGAUUGUGAUACGGUGUCAAAGUGGUUACUUAAGAACAGGGAUGAGUCCGAGAACACGAAUUGGAUACUUACUAAGACAAAGCCUUGUCCUAAAUGCAAGCGUCCGAUCGAGAAGAACCAAGGAUGUAGACAUAUGUCAUGCUCAGCUCCGUGUAAAUUUCAGUUUUGUUGGAUUUGCCUUAAACCAUGGACCGGUCACACGGCUUGCAAUGUGUUUAAAGAAGACAAUGAAGAUAAAACUAAGAGAAAAAGGGCUAAAGAAGCGAUCAAUCGAUACCACCAUUAUUACGAAAGAUGGGAAUUCAAUCAAUCGUCGAGGCUCACGGCUGUAAGUGAUCUGGAGAAAUGGCAAUCGAUGUGGCUUAAGGAGCUUAGUGCAAUAUUGGGCACACCAGAAACUCAGCUCCAGUUCACUGUAGAGGCAUGGCUUCAGAUCAUCGAAUGUAGGAGGGUCUUGAAAUGGGCCUAUGCAUUUGGAUACUACCUAAUUAAUCAUGAACCCUCCAAACAACACUUUUUCGAGUAUUUGCAAGGAGAGGCGGAAUCUGGUUUGGAUAGACUUCACAAAUGUGCAAAAGAGGAGUUGAAACAGUUUAUCGCUAAAACUAAAGAUCUAAAAAAACAUUUUAUGAAGUUCCAGGCGAAGUUAAUUAGUUUGACUAAAACAACCAAAUCCUACUUCGAAAAUUUGGUGAACGCAUUGGAGAAUGGUCUUACUGAUGUGACACACAAUGAAAUCAUCAAAUCCACACAAGGAUAG